UACGGUGCCAGGAAAUUCAACGUUUUAUUAAUAAAAAAACCAAAAAGUUGUGUGGUUCGCAAGACAUUUGUGGGUUCUAUAUAUAACCAUCUCACCCACUUCGUGUUUCUUUACCGUCUCUCUUUGCCUCCUCUCGGAUUCAACGACUUCGGCUUUUCAGCUUCGUCAAACCUUUGUUGAGAGACUUGGUUAAAAAUCAAGGAUUUCCUUUCUUGGUUACGUAAGCUUCUAUCUACAAAAGUCAAGUUUCAUGUCUGAAUUCGACGAUCAGAUUCCAUCUGCUUUUGAUCCCUUUGCUGAUGCAAAUGCUGAGGACUCAGGUGCUGGUUCAAAAGAGUAUGUGCAUGUGCGUAUACAGCAACGUAACGGUAGGAAAAGCCUGACUACUGUGCAAGGUUUGAAGAAGGAAUUUAGCUAUAACAAGAUACUUAAGGACCUUAAGAAAGAGUUCUGCUGUAAUGGUACUGUUGUCCAGGAUCCUGAGUUAGGCCAGGUCAUACAGCUUCAGGGAGACCAGAGGAAGAAUGUUUCCACUUUCCUUGUGCAGGCUGGCAUUGUGAAGAAGGAGCAUAUCAAGAUCCAUGGUUUUUAAAUAGCGACAGUAUCAUUUUGCUACAUGUAGUUGUCUGCCCUACCUUGACAUGCAGUAGCGAGUGGUAUAUGAUCUGGAUUUAAGUGUUGUAGAGUUGAGUGUUUGUAAAAAUUAUUCUGGUAUUUGUACUUUGAAAAAGGUCUGCUAUAAUAGCAUUGUGUCCUGCUAGUUUCAGCUGCUUGCUCUGUUAUGUGGAAAGAUUAUUGAUUUUUCCAUGACUUUUAACCAUAAUGAUAUAUUCCUGCGUUUUAUUUGUGGUCA